AUGUCGGGCUGGGACGCCCCCGCGGAGAGCGAGGAGGUGCGGCUGGAGGCGGAGGCCCAGCUCACGGAGCAGUGGCGCAAGAUGUUGGGGGAUCGCACCCCGGCAGAUCUCCCCCGCAGCGAGAUGCGGGCGCUCUUCGCGCUUGCGGACCGGAUACCUUGGCAGUACAGGUUGGCUCUCUGGCCGGCCUGGCUGCAUGUGGAGAACCAGGACGCCGCACAGCUGGAUGAAGGUCAGCUCCCUGCCACAGAGCUUUGCAGAAGGCAGAUCGAGAAGGACGUGCCCAGGACUCGGCCCGGGGAGCUGAAGGAGCACCAGAAGAACUCCCUGGGGCGGGUGCUGCGGGCCUUCUCCCACCUUUGCCCCAAGGUGGGCUAUUGCCAAGGUCUCAAUUUCAUAGUGGCUGUCCAGCUCCUCGUGGGCCUUACAGAGAAGCAGGUGCUGGGUGGGCUUCGGAGCCUUACUGACACCUUCUGCGAAGGCUACUACGAGGAGUCCAUGCGCGGGCUGUUGCGCGACAUCGCCGUGAUGGAUGCCCUUUUGCUGCUGCUACUGCCAAAGGUGCACGCGCGUUUCGCGGAGGUGGACUUGCCCCUCCUUUGGAUAGCUACGGAGCCACUGCUGACGCUCUUCUCUCGGGAGCUGAAGACCAUUGAGAGUGUUUGCCGUCUCUGGGACUUCUUCUUGAUUGAGGGCGUUUGCGCUCCCUUCGCGGUGUUCCUGGCAUAUGUGGAGCUGGCGCAAGAGAGGAACCUCCUGACAGGCGCCGCCGAGGACACCCUCGGGGCCUUCAGGUUGCUGCUGGGCGACCCUAGCGCAAUUGCGGGGAACAUUUUGCGGCGCGCGGGCCUCUUCUUGGCGCCGCGGCCCUUUGGCGGCGGGCUGAAUGAGCAGCUUCUGCGGCGACUACGCCAGGAGGCUGAGCAAACUUGCCCAGGCGCCUGA